UUUCCCCCUUCCGACUGUCUCCCCUUUCAAGGAUACCGGCUCAGUCGAGCGGUAGCGAUAAGGUACGCUGCUUGCUGAAUUGCCCCACAUCACCGCAGAUCCGAUCUUCGGCUCUGGAACACGUUUUCACCUCUGUUUACAAGCCUCCAAUUCCCCACGCCCCUGAUUCUCGGCUUCCCCGUUCAACCCCUCACUCUAAUAAGAAAAUCUCCCGAUACCCCUUCCAUAUAUCCAACCUUCAAUCGUAUUUCUCUUCUGAAACAAAGAGAGAGAGAAAAGAAACCGAUCCUUCUGAAUUCGAUCGAUUUCACUGUUAGCCAUCGGUUAAACGCUAUCAACGGAUUUCAUCCCGCUACAUUAGCCCCGGCCGGUGGAAAUACCGAGUGAGAUCUCACCAUGUCUGUAGGGUUCGGGUUCAGUAUCGGGGACAUCCUCGCCUGUGGGAAGUUCUGUCACCAAAUCUACAAGGCAUGUUUUUCUGAGGCCCACGACGCCUCGGUGGAUUGGACAGCUCUAGGCAAGGAACUCCUCCUCCUGGGUGAUGCCCUGCAAAGCCUUUGCUCAAAUGAGGGGAUUAUACCACAAGAUCCCUUCUGCGGCCCAGAAAUGCAGGAAAAGGAACAGCGGGCGCUGGAAGCAGUCAGGAUGGUGGUCGGUGACUUUCGGGAAACCUUAAAAGACCUAAGAGAGUUUCUCCUGAGAUAUGAGGAUUUCCGGAAACCAGAUGCUGGGAAACAGUAUUGGUUGAAGAUCAAGUUCAGCGUCAACUCUGGGGAAGUUGACAAGUUCAGGGCAAGGGUAGCUAUGCAUACUCGGGCGGUACAUCUACUGCUCAACCCAUUAAUCUAGUGAGUAUGCACAUGCUGUUCGGUAGGCCAAUACAUGAUUCGUACUAUAUGAAACUAACUUCCCCAGCCAAUCUCAGAAAACGGUGGAGAAUACCGUCACCAACAUCCAAACUCGCAUAGACACCAUUGACCAAGUCCUGCAAGCUCUACUGGUAGUCGCCUCGGAACAGCUAACAACUGCUUCGUCUUCCCGCAACCACAGAAGGAUUGCCGAUCGGGUUCAUACAAGACUCCAAAACGGUCACCCCCAACGCCUUAUCACGGAGGCUCCCAGAAGCCCCCAAACAAUAACGGCACUCCUAGCUACUAACAAUAAUAGGCCACGGGGAGGAGAGGAGAUGCUAAGAACAAACAGUUUUCCUAUUGGGAGAGACCGAUAUGAGGAUACUAUAGAAAUGGGCCUUCGUCGGCCAUCCACAGAGAGUAACAUGGCGAACGCACACUCACCGACAGCGCUGCACUCCCCAAAAGGUAAAGGGAGGCUCCCCACGAAUCGUAGUGGUGGCGAAAGAGGUGGUAUCGAGUAUUCGCCUACUCCAGCCUGGACCAAUCCUCCGGAACACAGAAUCCAGCGACAAACGUCGUCUUCAGGAGCGACCGAACUCUCCGAUAACCCAAUAAGCAGGGCGCUACGGCAAUCGGCUAUGAGCGAGAGUGCAAUGAAAAGACCCAUCGAGCAUUGGAUUACCGCCGCAAUGCAUUGGUAUUUCAAGGUAGUUACCCUACGCGAGUCAUCAACUAUCAUUCGCCUCACAAAAGUUAACUCAAUAUUGCAUACUUUACUAGGCAGAGAGAGAUCUUGAAGACCGCGACCACCAGGAGGUCUCCUUGGAGGCCUAUUUAGGGCUGAUGAAAAGCAGCUGGAUCGUGGAGAAUGUCAUCAAUAGAUGGGAGGCCGAGGAUGGCCUACCUGAAGAGGUAAAAAGAAACAUAAAAACUCUCGUUGCUGUGAGUAAUGCAACCCCGUGUGCCAGUAUUGCUAUAUCGCAUCUAACAAUGAACAGUCGAUUGUAAGCCAAUUCCGAAAAAUUAAAAACCGGGAGAUGCCCGACAUCAGAAGCAUCGACCCACAAGAUUACGAAAUAUGGCAUAAAGAUAUCGUCCUCAUUCUCGUGAAGCCCGCCUCGCCCCUUUCUUCCCGUGCCUCCUCAAGAGAGAGCACAUUCAGUUAUGGGGCCUACUACGACGACCCUACACCUAGAAGGCCUUCAGAAGCGUCAAGCAACUAUACCCACGCGACGGCUCCAUCGGUCCUCGAUUCACCGCCGGACCAGGGUGCGGGGGGAUUCCGUCACCCAGGAUACCCAGUUUCUCCCGGUGGACAUCCUGCUUCAUAUGACUACGAAGAAUGGGGUGACCCCACAGCCACCAAUGCUUCCGCCCUCAGUGACGAUAGUGAGUCCAGCCCAAUCUAUGACCAUUUCCCUGGAUCUGUGGUCAGCAGGUCUUCCCCCAGCCUUCCAGGCAGUAGUGGAGCUUCAAGUUUGCCGUCAUCCGAUAGUGGGCAGAAUUUGCCGAAUCCAAGACAGUACGACACAACCGAGUCCACGCUCACCAACGGCCGUUCCCCAAGUAUCUCGACCACGUCCACUGGGUCAUUAGGCCGAAGAGAGAGUUUCAGCUCCCAGUACCCGACUUCAGCCCCCCCUGUACAAGCCCCGGGGAAAUCAACAGUAAAGAGGAAGCCAGUCCCCGCCGUCCCUAUAUCCCAGCCUCCCGAGGAUGAUCCAGACAAGUAUGAAGGGCUCGGUGAGCGCACUAUUCUCGAUACGAUGUAGGUGGUUUCCAUCCUCCAUGCGCUGGGAAAGAACUAACCUGUGAAUUGAUCCAGUGAGAUUAUGUGGGCUUCACAGGUUUCUGGACCUUUCCAAAAAGGCUACGUCAAGAUCUUUUGGCACCAGUCCACCAAGUUUUUCCGGAUAUACACCAAAUACAGUCCCCGCCGCGCUCAUUCGCAAGAGGGUAGGUUUAUUAGCCCCUUAUUAGAAUGCGCAGCUAAAUCGCAGAACAGUAUCCCUAAGGGGCACUGAACUGAUCCCGGAAUACGCCUAUGAGGACGAGCCUACCAUCUACCUGCGGAGAACCACCAGACCGUCGGGCACUAGCAAUAGCUCAACUACAAACCCCACCGCAGGAGGCGACACCACCCGGAUAGGCCAUGUAUAUAAAUUCCUUACAGCGAGAUGUAAGGCCCCUUUAAUUGCGUUCCUCAUAGCUUCAAGUGCACUCCUCGGCUAAUAUGCAGUAUCUAGCCAUGUUUGACUUCCAGAGAGCUCUCACAAGCGAGGAUGUUUACCAAGAUCUGUAAGCUCCUCUCUCUUCUCUCCCCGACCUCCUCUCCUCGUUCUGGGAAUCAGGACUAACAAGAAACACGAUCUCAGGGUGAAGCGCGUUGCUUCGGUAAAGUUAAAGCCGAGCUCUGGGAAUGGUACCCACUAUUAUCACACCGCCCGCCUACAACUCUGGCACGAAAAGCCGCCAACCGACGCACUUGUCACAGAUGCGGCCUCUGGGAUGACCGGAGUCUCCCAAGCCACUCGUGCGAAGCUUGUUCUCUCGUGCUCCCGUCUAAUGAUAUAUUUCGGGGGCUCGGGUUGUUUUCUUACUUGCUUUCGUCCGUAACCCCCCACCACACUGCUCUCCGGUGGGACCCGCUAACAUUUCAAAAUAGUAACCGACGACAUUACACUCAAACGCGACGGUCAGAAACUGAUGUUGGUGCCAACAAAAUACAAGGGCAGUCUGAUGAAAUCGCCUAAAACGGUCAAGGCAGCCAUCCGUGGCAGCGAAAGCAGCAAAGGCGGGUUUAGGCUAGACAAGGAAAAGAUCUCACCCGACGAUGAACAUAGUUUUGAAGACUUCUCCUAUAUUCACAUCAACUUUAAAGAUACCGAGCGUAAGCUAUUCUAUGAUGGAUUGUCGGAUCAGCAUGCUGACUGUACUGCUAUAGAUUUGAGUAAGUUUCAAAAGCUCUGGAACGAGAUGAUGGUUAUGAGGCGUAUGGAGCGAAAGCGGAUUUCCAGUCUAAAAGACCAACUUCAAGCGGCGACUCGGGCCCCGCUUGCCGUCUCUUGA